GACUGGAGAAAUAAUGCAAAUAAUUCACCUUUGAAAUCACAGGAAUAAAUUACAUUUUUAAAUACAAUCAAAUAAAAAACUGUUAUUUUAAAUAGUAAAAAUAUUGUAAAAAUGUGACUGUUUUUGCUGUACUUUGGGUCAAAUAAAUGCAGACUUGGUGAGUGGAAGAUACUGAAAAAAACAUAAAAUACUUUUGAUUUGUAGUGUAUCAAUACUUAAUGUCUAAUUAUAUUAUACAUAUCUCUCUAAUUUAAGUAAGCAUAGUAACCAUGUUUUUUUUUGUUUUAUUUGUAAUAAAACCAUGGUUAAUUUUCAUAAGGGCGAUGCUUUUGUGAGUACUAAGUAAACUCAAUUUAAAACAUAUUAAAUACAGUACUUGUCAUUUAUUGUAUACAUUAUCACAGCAGUUUUUGCUUUUGGUUUUUUACUUUCGAUUUUAUGUGACUUGGUAAAGAACGAUUUGUUCUGAAACUUGAUAUGCAAAAGGUUGCCCUUGAAGAUGUACUUAAAUUGCUUAGUUCAUUUGAAUAAAACCAAACACACAAACCAGUUAAUCAAGGUCUUCUAAAGCAGUCUGCAAACCUUUAAGAUGAAACCAAACUUUGCACAACAAAGUAUAAAAGGUUAAGAAAGAAACUGCAAUCAUGUUUUGUUAAAAUGUAUAUAAAUGGCAAUAUAACUUCUAUAACACAUGUGUUUCAUAAUAGAUAUAUGCCUCAUCAUGUGUCUAUCCAUGUGUACAUUUACUCCCUUUACUCUCUAAAGACAUUAUAACACACAUGGUUAAUGACUAAGCCAUGUUAUCAAACAUGUACUUUUGGAUAAAAAGCUUGGUUUUUACUUUAAAAGUUUCUUUGAGUAAAAAAAACCUAAAGAAAUAAUUUUGAAAACCUUAUACUACUUCUUAUUAAUUAUAGUUACUUAAAAGUGUAAGCUCAGUUAGUUGUGUAAGGCUUUUUCGUAACCAUCGGAAGUUCAUCCAAAAAAAAAAUGGUAGCCAUGACAGCUAUUGUACAACUGUAUUUGAAUGUCAUACUCCGCACGUGUAGUCAUGCAGUUACACAACCUGCAUGCUUAUAAAACCAUCCCACGAGUAUAGUAUUUGUGUUAGUCAGUCCUCAGGGUGUUACGUUAACUUCCUUCUCUCUUCAUCGCUUGGCUUCACACUCUGGAAUUGUUUUCAGACAUAGCUGCUCACAAUGGGAGGUCACAGCUUUGCCCGUUUAGCACUCAUGGUCCUUUCUGUUGUCAUGUUCAUCAUCUGCAUUAUAUUCAACGCACUUGCUGGACCAGGAACUGGUCCUUUUCGGAACAACACUGGAGCGAUAUCAGAUAAAUACAGUACAGAAAUCACUCCCUCGGGAUGGACAUUUUCAAUUUGGGGUGUCAUCUACACUUGGCUGUCGCUCAUGCAUGUUUACAUUCUCUCUACCACCUGCAGGAGGACUGUUUAUGGUCCAAUGUACUGCAGUCCCUCUGUGUUGCCGUAUGGAUUCUUCAUAACCUGGAUUAUAAACAUGCUGCUGAACAUAAGCUGGCUCUUUCUGUGGGAUAGAGAGGUGAUGAUUGCUGCAUUCAUUUUCCUUGCCUUGAUUGCCUUCACAAACUAUCUGCUGAUAUUCUUCUCCUGUUAUGGACUCAAACAAUAUGGAGCAUGGUUAAACAAAUAUCACAAAGUAGACCUCUGGUGCAUUCGGAUAUUGGUUCAGAAUGGCAUUGCAACAUACACAACAUGGACGACUAUUGCCACCCUGAUUAACUUCACAGUUGUGCUGCGAUAUGAUGCCGGAAUGACCCGGGCAGAUGCAGCAACAGUCUCUCUCUCUAUUCUUUUGAUUGAAGCUAUUUGUUGGUUCAUUGUUGAGAACUUUGUGUUUGAAAAUCACCUGCGAUACAUUCUGACGGUCUACCCUGUUGUCAUUGUGGCUCUGAGUGGAAACAUGACAAAGAACUUCAAGUCUGCAGAUCCAAGCCGAAACGGCAUUUUCAUAGCUUUUUUACUGGGGUUGGCUUGUACCCUAUUUGCAGUCAAAGUUUUGCUGGUUAUAUGGAGGCAUAUUAAACGUCCUCUAUACAGAGGUAUGAAUGUAGACGAGGCUGUGUCACCAAUGGAAAUUGCUGAAAAGCAAAAGAAGAUUUUCAGUUAAAUUAAAUUAUGUUUGUAUCAUUUAAUUGUAUAUUUGUAAUCAUCCUUUUAAAUGCUAUUUAUUUUUGUAAUUGUUCAAAUGUGUAAAUUGUUUAUAUGUACUUUUGAUAAAUGAUGAAGUAAAAAAAAAAAAGCUUGUGUAACUGAGUUACACAAAUUGAAUUGCUCUUAUCAGGGCAGGGGGUGUCCAUGACCAUGAUCUAUGCACUGUUAUGUACCAUUUUCUGCAGCAAUAAAAUCAUAAAACUCACUAGGGUUUAAGUUUUAGUAAAGUUUUAGAGGAGAAGUCAAAAGGCUGUUGGCUCAAUCACAACUAGGGGUGAUUGAACGUAGAAUUAUGAUCACAUUUUAUCAAAUGCCAAUCAAAUGAAUGAGCUGUGUAUUGAUUUGUAUAAGAACUAUUUGCAGUAUAUUGAGGUUAAAAUUAUGAUGACGAUAAAUAAAA